UGAGGUCCGGCCGUGGGCCCGGCGGCACCGGCUUCCGAGAGAGGCCUGGUGGGGCCACCCAGGGCGGGGUCCCGGCCGUGCGGCUGACGGCGGGGCGUUGGGGCUUGGAGGCCGGAGGCGGCCGAGCGGGUUGGAGGUGGGGGCAAGCCCUGUGGGGACAGCCUGGGGAAUUCCCUCGUGUCCCGGGGGUUCCUGCUGGGCCUCAGGAAGGGGCCUGAUCAGAUGGAGAACUCGGUGACCUGCUCGUCUUCGGGAGUUUAUUUUCCAGGGGCCUCCAUUCGGGUCGAGGAAACAAGACAAGGGGGACUCUGCGGAGGCCAUCCGUCCUGGAAACAGGGCGUCAAACUUCGGGCAUUCUCAGCCCAGCUGUGUUUGUGGGCCCCCAUUGGAUGACCCUGAGCAAACUCCUUCCGAGACUGACGUUUACCUCUGUGGAGUGGAGGUGACACUAGACUCGGAAGGAGACCUGCCCGUCAGAGGGGAAGGCCCCCUCCCGCUUCUUGGCGGGAAGGGAGAAAAGUGUUAGGAAGUUUUCCUCCUCCUCGCCGCCGCCCCCUUUGGCGCUCAUCUGCGCAGUGAAUGGGAGACGUUUUUGACUGUACAGGCUUGGAAGCCUUGGAGGGGUCAGAGGAUACCAUGCAGCGUUCCUCCACCCUCACUGCACUGCCAGCUGCUGGCUGUGGGCACCGGGCUGGAGCCCGUUGGUUUGCUGAUCUUAGAGAUUUGUUUGAUUCCAGCAUUGUGAAAUUCCCCCGGUUUGUUCAUAGAAGGCUUCGGCUGGUGACAUCUGCUAGGAAUCUAACUUUAUUCUCCCCAGAAGUGAUGCAGAGCACUAUUGAGGUAUAGGUUCUUUCUUUUUUUCCUGUUCUUUCUUUUUUAUAAGUAGACAUUUACAUCGAAGGAGUUGAAGAGACGCUGCAAUUUUCUGAGCAAUUUGUGGGCAUGUACUCUGUGCCAUUUUUGGAAAAAGACAUUUGGAGUUUCUAUCAGUCUGUCAUGUGACGGGAGGAGGCUGACGCAGACCCCGGGGAGAUCUGGGGUGCAGGAACAGUCACAGAGGACCUUGGCCCGUGGCUUCCUCAGGGCGCUUCCUGGCUUUGCCAGGGCCGGCCUUGCCAGCCAGUCCUGCGUAGCAUGACCUCAUUCUCCAACAGCUAGGUUUCCCAGCACACCUGUAGCUUCCUUCCGGAAAGAAGACGCUAAAGAGUUCUUGGCACGUGAGGUCCCGACCCAGGCUGCAGGUCUGAUGCAAGACAUGAGCGACCAUCUGCAUAUGCUUACUCCGGCGGCCUCUGCCCGCUCUCAUUCUUUGUAGGCUCCACACCCUCCAGGAGCUCUGUGGCCGGGGGCUGUGGACAUGAGCUGUCAGCCGGGGUGUGGUUUGGCACUGGGCGCCCCCAGCCGGCUUCCUCUAGGGCCUGCCCCGCCUUACUGGGCUGGAGGGGCUCCUGGGAAGUUUGCUGUUUGUUGGUCUCCUCUCCUUUGCAUUCGUCCUGUUUUCUUCCCAUCUUGAGCUUGCCGCCUCACUCUAGCCUUCUUUUUCCCUUACUGAGUUCGGCACUAUCCCCUGAGUAUAUUCUGUGUCCCAUGCAUGCUCAGGAAUUCCCACUGCACCCCUCAACUUCUGAACCCUGGCGUUGCCUUGGCCUCCCAUAUGGGACUAAGGUUUUGCGAAAAUUAUGAGGAAAGUGUCCAGGAUGCCAUGUGGAAUCAGCUGGCUCCAUGUGCUUGUUAGUUUCACACACCUGGACCCAGGCCUUCCCUGUGGAGGCUGCAGCUGCUGCUCAGGCCAGGAGCCAGAUGGGCCUGACCCCUGGCAGGUGCUCAGGGUGGAAGCCGAGGCAGGCUCCCCUCCGUGGGAGGCGGGGGCGCUGGUCUCGGCCAUGGCUGACAGAGGUCCUGGGGUGGUGGAGCCCCACGUUCUGGGCCUCUUUCCUGGCUGUGUCUUUCUCAAGGGGCGGUUCCUGCUGUUUGCAUCUUGCUCUCCAGCUUGCUCUGGUCCCUGGUGUUACUGCAGGAGUCCUGAUGAGGCUGCAGGCCCCACAGGGCAGUCCACCUGCACCUUACAGGCAGGCAGUGGGAGGGGGCGCAGAGGGCCAGCCCACAGUUACCCAGGGUCCCAGGUCAGGAGGGUGACAUGCUGGCUCAGGUCAUGCUUUCCUACUCCUCCUGUCACCCCCCCCACCCCGCUCCCAUCCCCCGUGGCCCUGGCCCUCUCUGUAAAAUGCUCCCUGCUUCUGCUGUCCCCCCACCCCCUCCUGUCCCCCGUGGCCCUGGCUCUCUCUGUAAAAUGCUCCCUGCUUCUGCUGUCCCCCCACCCCGCUCCCGUCCCCCGUGGCCCUGGCCCUGUCUGUAAGAUGCUCCCUGCUUCUGCUGUCCCCCCACCCCGCUCCCAUCCCCCGUGGCCCUGGCCCUGUCUGUAAGAUGCUCCCUGCUGCUGCUGUCCCCCCACCCCGCUCCCGUCCCCCGUGGCCCUGGCCCUCUCUGUAAAAUGCUCCCUGCUUCUGCUGUCCCCCCACCCCGCUCCCGUCCCCCGUGGCCCUGACCCUCUCUGUAAAAUGCUCCCUGCUUCUGCUGUCGCCCCACCCCGCUCCUGUCCCCCGUGGCCUUGGCCCUCUCUGUAAAAUGCUCCCUGCUUCUGCUGUCCCCCCACCCCGCUCCUGUCCCCCGUGGCCCUGGCCCUCUGUAAGAUGCUCCCUGCUGUUGCUGUCCCCAUCUGGGCUCCUUGGAGGUCUAGGCUCUCUAGAUGGCCCUGGGAGCCAUCCUCAGGGUCCCCCUCCCCAUGUGUGGGCGGGCCCUCACCGCUGUCCUUUUGUGUGCCCAUGACACGCUGGGGCGUGUAGAGCAGCAAGGCCCCAGGCAGACACCACACUUGUCCCUGUGGGGGGUCCUGGGGGCCUCCUGUUCCUAAGCAGGCCUCACCCCAUUUGCCUCUCACUCUCCUUGGGGCCUAGCCUGGCUGUCUCCAGGGCUCACGUAGAGUGCCCUUCCCCCGAUCAUUUGCUGCAUAGCCCAUCCCCAAGCCUCUCCUCAUGGGUUCUGUACUUCUGUCCUCAGACACGUGACCCUCUCGUGCUGGGGUGACCUAGACCUGUUGUCUCCCUCUGUAGCACCAGCCAUCUCCCCCCGGCCCCCACGUCCCCCCCACAGCCAUCUCCCCCCGGCCCCCACGUCCCAACCCAGCCAUUUUCCUCCAGCCCCCAAGUCCCACCCCAGGCAUCUCCCCCAGGCCCCCAAGUCCCACCCCAGGCAUCUCCCCCUGGCCUCCAUGUCCCCUACGUCCCCUACUCCCAGCCUGGCUGUGCUGGAACCACCAGGCAGGGGGGGGUCUUGCUGUUUGGCUCCUUAGUGGACCGUGCCUGACUCCAGCCUGGCCACCGUGCUGUGGGGCACAGCCUCGUCCAGCCCCCUCCUCACCCUCAGGGAGGGCGAUGCUGGCCAUGCCAGGCUGCACUGCUGUCCCAUUGCCCGCUCCUGAGGUCUGGGCGGCCAGUCCUGGUCUCCCUGCCUGUCUGAGGUUGGGCAACUCAGGCCCCCACCAGCAGGUGGUAUUUCCCACUCCGGCCCUGGAGCCCCAGACCUGCACGCCCUCCUGCUCCAGUGAUUGCGGCCUUGGGCCCACCUUGCUCGCAGCCAUUGUUCUUUCACAAGCCUCUUGCUGUUCCUGAGCCCGCCCAGUGUCUCUUUUCCCGUCUUGUUGCUCCGCUCAGGUGCCCUGCGUGGCUGACCCCUCCCAGCUGUUCAGGAGGGAUGAAUACCCUGGGUCUUGCUGCCCCUGGCGCUCAGAGCAGCUGCCCCAGCUGCUGUGCAGAUGGACGCCCAUCUAGACUCCACAUGGGGCAUGUCGCCCUCCCGUGCUGGCCCACCCUGGGUCCUUCAUCUGGGUGCUGUCAGUGCACCUGGGACCCGCCCAGCCUGGCCCUGCCUCUGCCCAGCUCCCCGCAGCUCCUUCACCCCCGGCUGCUCCCUGGCCUCAGAGAGGCUGCCUUGACCGAGUCCGCCAGCCCCACCAGUGCCGUCCCACAUAGGUUUCUCGGGACUUGCGAUGUGCUAGCAUUGCAUGGGGCGUUGGUGUCUCCAGGCGGCAAGGACAGAGGAGUCUACGUGCUCCUGAGCGGGGUCUGGCCCUGUGCCCGCACAUGGGUGGCACUCGGGACGCACGACUAGAGGCUGGCUACAUGUUAGGGGUGCCUGGGAUGCCCCUGUGCCCGCAGUCUGAGUCCCUGCCACCCCGGGUGGAUGACAGCAUGCGGCUGAAAGGAGGGGUGCCAAAGUGGGGAGGUGGGGCUGGGGACGCCCCUGGCACAGGUUUUCUCUGGGGAAGGAAGUCGUUUCUUCUUGGAGUCUGAUGGGCUCGGAUGCUUUUUGGCAGCCUUGGGGGCUUCCCUCACAGGCUGCUCGCCUGGCCGCCUCACAGGCAGACACUGGCUUCCUUGCCCGCCUGCUUGCUGCUUCAGGAGCUGUGGUGGGGGAGUGGCCCUGUCUGGUUCCCGGGAGUCCCGGUACUCAGCUCCCCGAGGAGGCUCGUGCUCUGCGUCCCAGCAGCACCGAGUGGCUCCACAGAUGGCGCCUGUGAGGGUCGGGCUGGAGAGGCUCCCUUGGGAGUCAGUGGAAGGCAGGGCUGGGUGAAAAGAGACCACACGAGGCCCAGGGCCUUUCCCCGUGUUUGGGGUGUGCAGAGAGGCUGCUCCGGAGGAGGGGAGCCAGGGGACAGGUCAGGGUGGUGUGGCCCGCAGUGACUGGUAGCCUUUGUAAUGGGGCUCUGGGUGGGGCUGCGACUCCCAUCUGAAGACGUCGUGCGUGGGAGGCAGCUGUGAUGAAGUGCCCACCUGAGCCCAGCAUGUUGACGGGGACACAGGGGCGGCCAGGUUCAUCCUGCCCAGCCUUGCCUGAUGUGACCAGGGGAGGAAAGGCCUGGGCUGCUGCUCUUGCAACCCGCAUGGCCCACCCCGCCCUCGUGGAAGCGGCUCCUGUCGGUGGCGUGGGGGCACCCUCCUCGCAGUGCAGCAGCCUGUCCUGGCAGAAGUGGAGGCUGAGCUCUUCUGGCGCUCCAGACCCUCCUGGGGAGCCAGAUUUAACCACCUGCUCUGGGGGACAGAGACCACCCCAGGACCCCCUGAGCACGUGUGGGACUGGCUCUCCCUGCCAAGCCUCAGGUUUCCCAGCAUCACGGCCGUUCCAGCCCGACAUUCUCUUUGGCUAAGGCUAAACUUAACAUGACCUUGGCGUGACCCUUGUCAAGGUGAGGACAUCCCCCUGCCCUGGAUGUGUCCUUGAGGCCUUGAGCUGCUCUAAGGGCCCAGAGCCGAGGCAAGUGACCAGUGCCAGGCUUGGGACAGUGAUGGAGCCAGAAGGGGGCUUGACCAACCCAAGGGGUGGGUGGCACCAAUCUCUGCUGGCGUGGGGGCAGCGAGGGUCCUUCCCAGCAGAGCUUCGUGGAGAGCAGGGGUGCUGAGCUGAGCAGGGAUGCCGGGGCCAUCUGGAGGCACAGGGCAGACAGGGGCAAGUCCUUUGGCAGCCAGCUUUGCAGGUGCGAGGCCCCUGGGAAGGGGCCCACGCAGAGGCUCUGCAGCGCCUGCUGAGUAUGCACGGAGCUGAAGUGGUCGGCUUGAGCCUCGUGCCGUGGAGGCGCCGUGGAAACGUGGGGGUGGGGCGCCGGACAGGGUAGCUGGGACUUGUCACCUGAUGUAUUCCCGGCUGGCAGCCAUUGGUAUUCCCUUAGCAGCUGCUUGGAACACGUUUCUUCUCUGUCCUGGAAAGCUCCGCAGAGCGACAGCUGCUCUGCUCCCCGCAGGGUGGAGCCACCGGGUGGUCUUUGGGAAGAAGCUUCCUGCCUUCGCCACCAUCCCCAUCCACCAGCUGCAGCAUGAGAAGAAAUAUGAUAUCUACUUUGCAGAUGGAAAGGUGUAUGCAUUGUACAGGCAGCUGCUGCAGCACGAGUGCCCGCGGUGCCCCGAGCUGCCGCCUUUCAGCCUCUUCGGGGACCUGGAGCAGCACAUGCGGAGGCAGCAUGAGCUCUUCUGCUGCCGGCUGUGCCUCCAGCACCUCCAGAUCUUCACAUAUGAGCGCAAGUGGUACUCGCGCAAGGACCUGGCCCGGCAUCGCAUGCAGGGUGACCCCGAUGACACGUCGCACCGUGGGCACCCGCUCUGCAAGUUCUGUGACGAGCGCUACCUGGACAAUGAUGAGCUGCUUAAGCACCUGCGCCGCGACCACUACUUCUGCCACUUCUGCGACUCGGACGGGGCCCAGGACUACUACAGCCCUCCUACCGACACCCCAUCUCCUGCCAGCGACUAUGCCUACCUGCGUGAGCACUUCCGGGAGAAGCACUUUCUGUGUGAGGAAGGCCGCUGCAGCACGGAGCAGUUCACCCACGCCUUCCGCACCGAGAUCGACCUCAAGGCCCACAGGACGGCCUGCCACAGUCGCAGCCGCGCCGAGGCGCGCCAGAACCGCCAGAUCGACCUGCAGUUCAGCUACGCGCCACGGCACUCGCGCCGGAACGAGGUGACAGGCUGUCUGCUGGCCGCAGGGGUCGUUGGUGGCGAAGACUACGAGGAGGUGGACAGGUACAGCCGCCAGGGCCGAGUGGCCCGGGCCGGCACUCGCGGAGCCCAGCAGAGCCGCCGAGGAAGCUGGAGGUACAAAAGGGAAGAAGAGGACCGAGAAGUAGCAGCUGCCGUCCGGGCCUCCGUGGCCGCACAGCAGCAGGAGGAGGCUCGCAGGAGUGAGGACCAGGAGGAAGGUGGUCGGCCCAAGAAGGAGGAGGCAGCGGCGCGGGGUCCUGAGGAUCCCCGUGGCCCCCGGCGCUCACCCCGGACUCAGGGCGAAGGCCCAGGCCCCAAGGAAACCUCGACAAAUGGUCCUGUAAGCCAAGAAGCCUUCUCGGUGACGGGCCCAGCCGCCCCAGGGUGUGUGGGGGUACCAGGCACCCUCCCACCACCCAGCCCGAAGCUCAAGGACGAAGACUUCCCCAGCCUCUCUGCCUCCACUUCCUCCUCCUGCUCCACUGCAGCAACCCCGGGCCCUGUGGGGUUGGUGCUGCCGUACGCCAUCCCUGCCAGAGGCAGGAGUGCCUUCCAGGAGGAGGACUUCCCUGCCCUGGUAUCCUCGGUGCCCAAGCCUGGCACCACCCCCACCAGCCUCGUCUCUGCUUGGAACAGCAGCAGUAGCAGCAAGAAGGUAGCACAGCCCCCACUCUCGGCGCAGGCUACCGGCAGCGGCCAGCCCACCAGGAAGGCUGGGAAGGGGAGCAGGGGCAGCAGGAAGGGCGGCCUGCCCCUCACACAGGAGGAGGAGGGCGGCAGCCCGGCCGUGCAGGAGCUUCUAAGCACACGCCCCACGGGCUCCGUCUCCUCCACACUGGGGCCGGCCUCCAUCCAGCCCUCUAAGGUUGGCAAGAAGAAGAAAGUGGGCUCGGAGAAGCCGGGCACCACACUGCCACAGCCCCCACCCACUACCUGUCCCCCAGGGGCUUUGCAGGCCCCGGAAGCUCCUGCCAGCAGAGCCGAGGGGCCAGUUGCCGUCGUCGUUAAUGGACACACAGAGGGCCCGGCCCUGGCUCGGAGUACCCCCAAGGAACCCCCAGGGCUCCCAAGGCCUCUGGGGUCCUUCCCCUGCCCCACGCCACAGGAGGACUUCCCAGCGCUCGGCGGCCCCUGCCCGCCCCGGAUGCCGCCGCCCCCAGGCUUCAGCGCUGUGGUGCUCCUGAAGGGCACGCCUCCCCCACCCCCGCCGGGCCUGGUGCCCCCAGUCAGCAAGCCACCCCCCGGCUUCUCUGGCCUUCUGCCUAGCCCCCACCCGGCCUGUGUCCCCAGCCCUGCCACCACCACCAUGACAAAAGUACCCAGGCCGCCGCCUGCCCCACGGGCCUACCUAGUCCCCGAGAACUUCCGGGAGAGGAACCUUCAGCUCAUCCAGUCCAUCAGGGACUUCCUGCAGAGCGACGAGGCCCGCUUCAGCGAGUUCAGGAGCCACUCAGGGGAGUUCAGACAGGGCCUGAUCUCCGCAGCCCAGUAUUACAAGAGUUGCCGGGACCUGCUGGGGGAGAAUUUCCAGAAGGUCUUUAAUGAGCUGCUGGUCCUGCUGCCCGACACGGCCAAGCAGCAGGAGCUCCUGUCUGCACACACGGACUUCUGCAACCGCGAGAAGCCUCUCAGCACCAAGUCCAAGAAGAACAAGAAGAGCGCGUGGCAGGCCACCACCCAGCAGGCGGGCCUGGACUGCCGUGUGUGCCCCACCUGCCAGCAGGUGCUCGCGCAUGGCGACGCCAGCAGCCACCAGGCGCUGCAUGCUGCCCGGGACGACGACUUCCCCUCUCUGCAAGCCAUCGCCAGGAUCAUCACGUAGCUCCCGCCAGCGUGGCCAGAGCCGUCACACCAUGAGCGUCUUUACUCUUUCCUUUCCGGGCUGCCAGGCAGCCAGGUAAGGCCCGGUGAGGCCACCUGGCCUCUUGGUUGGCCAGGCCCACCAGGAAGUCCCCAGGACGGUCCACCCGCCCUGUUGGCACACUCAGGCGGGAGUCCACCCCUGCCUCAGUGGUGGGCCAGUCUCGGUUUGCAUUCUUGUGCUUUUGGGAGGCGCCAGGGGAGGGAAGGGCUGGGAUGCUGGGACCUGUUGUUGCUGGCAAAGCCAGAGGUCACAGUGGCCUGAUCUGGGCCCUCCCGAAGCUGAGGGCUGCAGCCUCUGCAGCCUCAGAGCUGAAAGCUGCGGCGCCACUGGUGCCAGAGUCAGAUGUCACAGAUGUGUGUUGUGUAAACAGUUGGCUGUUUCGUGCUUCAAGAAUGUUCAGGAUUAAAAGCAGACAAGAAAUUGUGCUACUUGAAGUUGAAUCUUUUUAUGAGACAAGCUGAAUCUGGGAUCUCAAAUUGCCUCUGACCUUUUAUAAGACAGUUUAUCUUCAAAUAAAUUUAUUUUGCAAUACCAUGCA